AUGACAAAGAUCUCUUUGCGCUCUAUCUCCCUCAUUCUCUUCAUCAUUCUCUCUCCCCCUCCCUCUCUUUCUCUAGGGGAGUCUGGUCUGGGUAAAUCUACACUAGUCAACAGUCUGUUCCUUACAGACCUCUACAAGGACAGGAAGGUGCUGAAUGCAGAGGAGAGGCUGGCUCAGACUGUGGGCAUCACUAAGAACACAGUGUGCAUCGAGGAGAAGGGAGUGAAGCUCAAACUCAACAUAGUGGACACACAAGGCUAUGGAGAUACCAUCAAUAAUACAGACAGCUAUAAGUGUGUUUCAGACUACAUUGACCAUCAGUUUGAGCAGUACCGCAGGGAUGAAAUCGGCCUGAACAGAAAGAACAUCCAGGAUAACAGAGUCCACUGCUGCCUCUACUUCAUCUCUCCCUUCGGACAUGGUCUGCGGCCAUUGGAUGUAGAGUGUAUGAGGGCUCUGCAGGACAAGGUCAACAUCAUCCCUGUUGUGGCCAAAUCUGAUGGUCUCACUUAUGAUGAGGUUAAGAAGAAGAAGAGCAGGAUCCUAAGUGAGAUAGAUAAGUACAGGUUAAAGAUCUACCAGUUCCCAGACUGCGACUCUGAUGAGGAUGAGGAGUUCAGGAGGCAGGACAUGGAGCUCAAGAGGAGUGUUCCGUUUGCAGUGAUCGGCAGUAACAUGGUGGUGGAUGUUAAUGGCCGGCGGAUCCGCGCCCGUCUCUACCCCUGGGGAGUGGUGGAAGUGGAGAACCCAUAUCACAGUGACUUUGUCCACCUGAGGAACAUGUUGGUGAGGACUCAUAUGCAGGACCUGAAGGACAUGACCCAUGACACACACUACGAGAGUUACAGAGCACAGUGGCUGUGCAAGAGCCAACACACUGAUGUGGAGGCCAGGAAGAACUCCGAAGUAGGAGCCAUGUUCAUCUCCAUGCAACGCUCUACUGACCGAGGUGCCAAAGUGGUCUCCCAUCUACUUCAUAGUGGCCUCAGCUGGCUUUGGCUUCCAGGUGGAUUAGUUACAAUGCUGUUUGCUUCCACCAGCCUCAUUUAUCAACUAGGGGCUUCACAUUCUUCUAGAGGAGAUUAUGAGAAGGGAGUGGGACACCUGACCAAUGCCAUUGAUGUGUGUAGUUAACUUCAGCAGCUCCUCUAGGUGCUCCAGCAGACCACCUGUCUUUUAGAUCUGUCCACUAUCAGCCAGGUGAGGAUGUUCUCCCAUGGAAAGUAAGGGAUGCUGUGGCAACAAAUUGGCCUAAAGUUGCCUGGUUUACCGCUUCCUUUCUCUGAAAAGUCAAAUGUACCCCUGAAAAUCUUGGCGCAUUUAACUGGCAACUAUGGACAAGACUGUUUUAAGGCAAGCCAUGUUUUCUUGUCAUUCAGAAUCUGCAAUAUAUUCAGGUAACAAGUUAGGAUCUUGCUUAUCUCCACUUUGGGUACGCUAUUAAAGUUUUGUUCAGCUC